AUGUCCACACCUGAGCAACGUUGUUGGCUGGCGACCUUGCUGGUCCUCUUGAGUCAGCCUGGUGCGCUCCAGGGAUUCGGAAUCAAUCUCAUGAAGGUUCAAAGUGACGACAAGGCGCCGGAAGCAUGCAUCCUCGCUUUGCUCCGGAAGUAUUUCGAUUCCGGAGACGGACUUUCCGGCUCGGUACUGUGCUUUAAUCGGAACUACCAGUUGCCAAAUAUUCAAGAUCAGCUCCUAAGAGGUAUGAAUACCUAUGCGAAUCAUCCUUGGAGCCUCUUGAUAACGAACUCCAGGGAGGAUCCUUCGUCAUACAAGUUUGUCAUGAGCGAAAAGCCGCAGUGCUAUUUCCUAAUUGUCGAGAGUUUGGACGACGAAGAUCUUGAUGAGAUAUUCGAGCACUGGAAGAGCAUGGUCAACUGGAAUCCCCUGGCCCAAUUCGUGGUCUACUUGGCCAGUUUGGAGGAAACGGAUGAGGAAAUGACUGACCUAAUGGUGGAAGUGCUUCUCACCUUCAUGAACAAGAAGAUAUUCAAUGUGAAUGUGAUCGGGCAGAGCGAGGAAACCGAGUUCUUCUAUGGAAAAACCGUGUUUCCCUAUCAUCCGGAUAAUAACUGUGGAAAUCGCGUGAUAUCUGUUGAACUACUAGAUGCAUGCGAUUAUCCGGGCGAAGAAAAGGAAAGUACUGAUGAAGAAUCUGGAGAGGGGGAAGAAGGUGGAAGCCAGGAGGAUGAGACUGAAAAUGAAAAUAGCCAGGAAAAUAAUGAUGAUCAAGAAAAACCAAGUGAAGAUGAUGAAAACAAGAGUGCAGAUACAAAUGAAGAUCAAAACUCCCAAGCUGAAGAGAAAGAAAGUGGUGAUGAAAAUUCAGAUGAAAAGGAAGAUACUGUCGUAACUGAUGAGUCGGCUGAAAAUGAUAGUUCAAACAGUUCCAACACUUCAGAACCGGAGGCCACAAUCGAGGAGUUCUAUCGCGCCAAGUUUGAGGACAAAUUCCCUCGAGAUCUCAGUGGCUGUCCUCUAACCGCCUCCUUCCGUCCUUGGGAACCAUAUAUAUUUCGCAACAGUGAGGAGGAGCCCGUCGAGGACUACUACUAUGGGUUACAAGGUGAUGGAGAUGACUACAACGAGACCUCCCCCAGUUAUGGGGAGUCGGAGGACGAGAGCUACGGUGAUCCGGAGGAAGAGGGUGGCAACACCAUCUCAGACUCUGAAACUCAGUCCGGAGCAAAGGCCAAGCUGAGUGGCAUCGAGUACCAAAUGGUGCAGACCAUCGCCGAGCGAUUGCAUGUAAACAUCGAAAUGCAGAGCGAGAACAGCAAUUUGUACCAUCUCUUUCAGCAGCUUAUCGAUGGAGAGAUCGAGAUGAUUGUGGGAGGAAUAGAUGAGGAUCCGAGCAUCAGCCAGUUCGUGUCUAGUUCCAUACCCUAUCACCAGGAUGAACUCACGUGGUGUGUGGCAAGGGCAAAGCGGAGGCAUGGUUUCUUCAACUUUGUGGCCACUUUCAAUGCGGAUGCGGGAUUCCUGAUCGGACUUUUUGUGGUCACAUGUUCUCUGGUGGUUUUGGUGGCUCAACGCGUCUCUGGCUUCCGACUGCGGAAUCUCAAUGGAUAUUUUCCCAUCUGCCUGAGGGUUCUGGGAAUCUUGCUCAACCAGGCCAUUCCGGCUCAAAACUUUCCCAUAACUUUGAGACAACUAUUUGCUCUGUCUUUUCUGAUGGGAUUCUUCUUCAGCAACACGUACCAGAGUUUUCUGAUCAGCACACUGACCACGCCACGGAGUUCCUACCAGAUUCAGACUCUGGAGGAGAUCUACAGUAACCGGAUGACCAUCAUGGGCACCUCCGAUCAUGUGAGACACCUUAAUAAGGAGGGGGAGAUCUUCAAAUAUAUUCGAGAAAAGUUUCAGAUGUGCUAUAACUUGGUGGAAUGCCUCAAUGACGCCGCUCAAAACGAACACAUCGCAGUGGCCGUAUCUCGACAGCACUCCUUCUAUAAUCCUCGAAUCCAAAGGGAUCGACUUUUCUGCUUCGAUCGACGAGAAUCCCUGUAUGUUUAUCUAGUGACCAUGCUGCUGCCGAAGAAGUACCAUCUCCUGCACCAGAUAAACCCGGUGAUCCAGCACAUCAUUGAAUCGGGUCAUAUGCAAAAGUGGGCCCGAGAUCUAGAUAUGCGACGCAUGAUCCAUGAGGAGAUUACAAAGGUGCGUGAGGAUCCCUUCAAGGCCCUUACUUUCGAUCAGUUUCGAGGAGCCAUCGCUUUUUCUGGGGGGCUUUUGCUGGUUGCCACUUGCGUCUUUGCCAUAGAGUUGUGCUACUUUUAUUUUUACCGAUCUAAAAGGAAAAGGAUUCGUAGAGUACAACGAGGACAAGCAGACAAUAGAAACAAUAAAUAA